CUCUCUCUCUCUCUCUGUCUCUCUCUCUCUGGGGGCGGAGCUUCAUUUCUUCUCAUGUCUUUCUGCUGAAUCGUCAUCACAUCAGUCUGACAAACGCAGAAGUUGCUCAUAACGCUUCAUUGUUGCUGAACAAAGUAACGCUUCACUCCGUUAAACACGCACGAUUUCUCCGUUCCGGUUUUCGAUCAGCACUUCUUAAAAAAACCCAGUUUUUUUUCUCUUUCUUUCUUUUUUUGGGGGGAUUCGCUUCAUGUCUGUUGGCCGAGAGCUAACGCGUCGAGGGAAGCGUCGUCCUUCAAGAGCCAAAGAGAAGCCCUGAACAACUUCUCCUCAGGUUCGUGCAGCUUUUCCGGGGCUUUAUUUCGUUUCAGACGUUGAUUUUUGGCGUGUUUGGUGGAACGCUCGCCCGUGACGUCACUCGCCUGGCCCCGCCCCCUCAUCCCUCAGUCCAUAAUUACAUGUUCUGAACUUCGAUCUGCAUCCCGACCGGUUCCUGACCGGGUGCCAUGGCGACCCGAGGCCACGCCUCCAGCUCGUUAAUGAGCAACCACACCAAAGAGCGAGUGACCAUGGCCAAGGUCACGCUGGAGAACUUCUACAGCAACCUCAUCACACAGCACGAGGAGAGGGAAAUGAGGCAGCAAAAACUGGAGAAGGUGAUGGAUGAGGAAGGACUGCCUGAUGAAGAGAAGCGCAUGCGCCGCUCGCAGCACGCUCGUAAGGAGACCGAGUUCCUGCGGCUGAAGAGAACCCGACUGGGUCUGGACGACUUCGAGUCGCUGAAGGUGAUUGGACGAGGAGCGUUUGGGGAGGUGCGUCUGGUCCAGAAGAAAGACACGGGACAUGUGUAUGCCAUGAAGAUCCUCCGCAAGGCCGACAUGCUCCAGAAAGAGCAGGUGGGUCAUAUCCGGGCAGAGAGGGACAUCUUGGUCCAGGCAGACAGUCUGUGGGUGGUGAAAAUGUUCUACAGUUUUCAAGACAAACUCAACCUUUACUUGCUCAUGGAGUUUCUUCCUGGAGGAGACAUGAUGACGCUGCUGAUGAAGAAGGACACACUGACUGAAGAGGAGACACAGUUUUACGUCGCUGAGACGGUUCUGGCCAUCGACUUCAUCCAUCAGCUGGGCUUCAUACACAGAGACAUCAAACCAGACAACCUGCUGCUGGACUCCAAGGGUCAUGUCAAGCUGUCGGAUUUCGGCUUGUGUACGGGACUCAAAAAGGCGCAUCGGACCGAGUUUUAUCGCAAUCUGAACCACAGCCAAUCAAACGACCUCACGUUUCAGCACAUGAACUCCAAGAGGAAGGCCGAGACGUGGAAGAGAAACCGGAGACAGCUGGCCUUCUCCACGGUGGGAACCCCAGACUACAUCGCGCCGGAGGUCUUCAUGCAGACCGGAUACAACAAGCUCUGUGAUUGGUGGAGUCUCGGCGUCAUCAUGUAUGAGAUGCUGAUUGGCUACCCUCCGUUCUGCUCAGAAACUCCUCAGGAGACCUAUAAGAAGGUGAUGAGCUGGAAGGAGACGCUGGUGUUUCCUCUGGAGGUGCCGAUCUCAGAGCGAGCGAAGGCUCUGAUCCUGCGCUUCUGCAGCGAAGCCGAUCAUCGCAUCGGAGCGGCCGGCGUCGACGACAUCAAGAGGAACGCCUUCUUCGAGGGCGUCGACUACGACCACAUCAGAGAGAGACCCGCCGCCAUCUCCAUCGAGAUCAAGAGCAUCGACGACACGUCCAACUUCGACGAGUUCCCCGAGUCCGACAUCCUGCAGCCCUCCAGUCCGGCCGUGGCCAGCAAUCAUCACCCGGAGGCAGACUACAAGAACAAGGACUGGGUCUUCAUCAACUACACCUACAAGCGCUUCGAGGGUCUGACGGCCAGAGGAGCCAUCCCGGCCUACAUGAAGAGCGGCAAGCGAUGAACCGCCAAAAACACUCAGCGUGGCUUAAUGCAGUUAAACCCGUCAGGAGACAUCAGAAAGUUCACGGGACACGAAUAAUACAAUUUCGUAGUAGUAAGUUCAAAACGAGACUCUUAUAUUUGAUCUUAAUGUUUGCAUCUGCAGGAAACGUCGUGUUUGGGGUAGACGCAAAGCAUAUUAUUGCUGAAGUGAAAGCGUCUCGUAGAAAAACGUCAAGUUUACAGUUAAGGUCAUGUAGUAAACAAAUUGUUUUUUAAUGAAGUAUUUUGUUAAAUAUGUCGCGUUCUAAAACUGCUAUAAAAUCAAAGCCAUGUGUCUAUAUUCCGAAUUUGAAGUCGACAAAAAAAAAAUAAAAAUCUCCUGAGAGGUUUUGUUACCGAAAAUAACCACUGGGUGACACCCAAGCUCUUGAAUUAUCUGAUGUGGCUUUCGGUCCCACAUCAAUCAAAAAAAUAUCACUAUAUCAGCAUAUCAACAUAUUAUUAAACGACUUAUUCGCUGAGAUGCAAACAUUAUUUAGAGACAGAUAACCCUUAAAAUGUGCAGCAGGUGGCGCUGCACGCUUCAGAAACCUGCUAAAUCUUUCUAAAUCCUUACGAACGCUCCAACCUGAAAUAAUCAUUCAUAAAGCUGAGGCGAAAUUGCUUGAGAAUUCGAGCGUGUGAGUAGAGCGCCAUCUGCCGUUAAAACUUGAGCUCAGAUCUGAUUUCAGAGAGAAUUGCGAGCAAUUUAAAAGAUUUUAGAAACAAGUCACGAAUAGAAUCUGCAUCAGUUUAUCACCGCAGCCCUUAUAAAACACAUUUAAUUACGCCUUUAGCAUUUUCCUUCUAUAAAAAGCUGGUAUUAAGAAAACACUAAAUGUGCCUUAAUGCGUUUUAAAAUGACCAAAGUCUGUAAACAAAUGAUUAAUAAAACACUUAAAGCAGAUGAGUCCAGAAUAAGAACGCAAUGCGUUUAAUUACACCCAAGAACACAAAUAAAGAGAAACUUGGUUAGGUCCCUUAAAACAUUGCUUUAAAGCAUUAAGCAACAUUAAGUUUUUCCUCCUGUAGAAAAGCGUUAAAUGCGCUCGCGUUAUGAUUAAUAUCUGCUUGACUGUUUUAAUGCUGUAAGCCACGUUAAGAUUUUUUCUUGUCAAACGUUAAGAAUUUGGCGUUCAGAGAACACUAGCGAACAAAUCAUCAAUCAAAACUUCGCUUCGUUGUCACUUUAUAUUACAUUUUUUAUGCUGGAAAGAUUUUGUGGGUAAGUUUUAGCAGGUUUUAUACCAAAAAGAUGCUGUUUUUUUCUAUAAAUGCGACAUUUUUGUAACAUAAGCUCUUCUCAUGAAAAUUAACCAUGGGUUUUGUUUUUGUGGUUGUUGCUGUUUUUUCUAAAAAUGGGUCAUUUUUGCAAGGAUGUAUAAAGCUUUACAUACACUACCAGUCAAAAGAUUUGAGCAGUAAGAUUAUUAAUUUUAUUUUAAAGAAGUCUCUUCUGGUAAUCAGGCCGCAUUGAUUUGAUCCAAAAUGAAGCAAAAACAGUACCAUUCUGAAAUAUUUUUACUGUCUAUGAUAACUCUUUGAAUAUAUUUUAAAAUGUAAUAUAUUCCAUAUAUUAACAGCAUUUAUCUGAAAAAGAAAUCAAUUUCUAUUUUUUUAUAGCAGUUAUACACUGUACCAUUCAAACGCUUGGAAUCAGUAUCAUUUUUUUAGUUUUUUUGGGAGGAAAUGAUAGAAAUUCGUACUUUUAUUUAACAAGGAUGCCUUAAAUUGAUCAUCAAAAGAUUUCUAUUUUCAGAAAAUGCUGUUUGGGAGACUUCUGUAAAACACUUUAAAAGUCAUCCUGUUCAAACGUGUUUUACUGGUAGUCUGUAAACUGUGUUGCGUGCCUUAUAUACAUGACUUUCAGGACUAGACAGCCUGCAGCAGUUUAUUUGAGAUUGUUGUGACGAGUGUGUGUGUGUGUGUGUGUGUGUGUGUGUGUGUGUGUGUGUGUGUGUGUGUGUGUGUGUGUGUGUGUGUGUGUGUGUGUGUGUGUGUGUGUGUGUGUGUGUGUGUG